AUGUCCACCCUCCGCAGCCGCACCCAGAGCCGCCGAGUCCGGUCCCCUCUGACCUCUGUACCCCUUUACAACCCUCCCAGUCCGGUCCCCUCUGUACCCCUUUACAACCCUCCCAUCCGGUCCCCUCUUCCGGUCCUCUCUGCACCCCUUUACAACCCUCCCAGUCCGGUCCUCUCUGAACCCCUCCACAACCCUCCCAGUCCGUCCGGUCCCCUCUGUACCCCUCCACAACCCUCCCAGUCCGGUCCCUCUGUACCCCUCCACAACCCUCCCA